GAUAUGAGUUUGUGGGGGAGCUCAGUACUCUAUUUGUGGUAGUUCAUUUUCCCCAAACACGCGGAAGAAGGAAUCAUCCCUAAACCCUCCUCUCCACGCCGCCGAAGCCGACAUGGCCGUCCACCACCUCCUCCGCCGCGGGAUCUCUAGUGGGUCUCCCCUCCACCCUCUGCGCGGUCUCCUCGUAUCGCAGGAGUUCGGGCGGCGUCAGGCUAGCUCGGCGGCAGCGGGGGACGCGGUGGCUGAGCUGAGGGGGGCGCGAGAGGACGUCAAGCAGCUGCUGAAGGAGAAGUCUUGCCAUCCCAUCCUGGUUCGCUUGGGUUGGCAUGACGCUGGUACUUAUGACAAGAACAUUAGCGAGUGGCCCAAGUGUGGUGGAGCUAAUGGUAGCUUGAGGUUUGAAAUUGAGUUAAAGCAUGCGGCUAAUGCUGGUCUUGUGAAUGCUUUGAAGCUUAUUCAAGCCAUCAAGGACAAAUAUGCAGGUGUUACAUAUGCGGAUCUGUUUCAGCUUGCCAGUGCUACAGCCGUUGAGGAAGCUGGUGGCCCCAAAAUCCCCAUGAUCUAUGGAAGGGUUGAUGUUUCUGCCCCUGAACAAUGCCCACCAGAGGGGAGACUCCCUGCUGCUGGUCCUCCUUCACCUGCUGAACAUUUGCGAGAAGUAUUCUACAGAAUGGGCCUGAAUGACAAGGAAAUUGUUGCAUUGUCAGGAGCACACACACUUGGACGAUCAAGACCAGAGCGCAGCGGCUGGGGUAAACCUGAAACGAAAUACACUAAAAAUGGACCUGGUGCACCUGGGGGGCAAUCUUGGACAUCACAGUGGCUCAAGUUUGAUAACAGCUAUUUCAAGGAUGUCAAAGAACGACGAGACGAGGACCUUCUAGUUCUGCCUACUGAUGCUGUGCUCUUUGAGGAUCCAUCAUUCAAGAUUUAUGCCGAAAAGUAUGCUGGGGAUCAGGAUACAUUUUUUGAAGACUAUGCUGAAGCUCAUGCUAAAUUGAGCAAUCUUGGGUCUAAGUUUGACCCUCCUAAGGGUGUAUCACUAGAUAUUUGCUGCUGAUGAACUGCAUUUUGGUGAGUGAAGAUGACAAGGCUCUGUUUCUUGCAACUAUUUUCUAGGUGUAACGAAUCGGAUCCACCGAAGCCGUGUUUUGAGUUGUGUGCUCCAUUACCAGAAAUAAAAACAACAUUGGACGGUUCUAGGACUAAAUAACCGUUUCAUUUAUGAUACUUACACAUGUUGUUUGGCACUUCAAAUGUGAUCAAAUAUAAAAUAAUACUAUCAGGCUGUUGCCCCUUUGCGAUA